CACCUAAAUCCACUUUCAUUUCAAUACAAACCUAUCAAUUUUUCCUCAAUUCUCUCUCUAAUUAGGAUUCAAUUCAGUUUCAAUGGCUCGUACCAAGCAAACCGCACGCAAGUCAACCGGAGGAAAAGCCCCAAGGAAACAGCUAGCAACAAAAGCUGCUCGGAAAUCAGCACCGGCAACUGGAGGAGUGAAGAAGCCACACAGAUUCAGGCCGGGAACCGUUGCUCUGAGAGAAAUCAGGAAGUACCAGAAGAGCACUGAGCUUCUCAUAAGGAAGCUUCCCUUCCAGAGGCUAGUGAGGGAAAUCGCUCAGGACUUCAAAACUGAUCUCCGAUUCCAAAGCAGCGCCGUUUCUGCUCUACAAGAAGCAGCUGAAGCUUACCUUGUUGGUUUGUUUGAAGACACUAACCUCUGCGCUAUUCAUGCUAAGAGAGUUACCAUAAUGCCCAAGGAUAUUCAACUUGCUCGCAGAAUCAGAGGCGAGAGGGCUUAGAUUCGAUUCCAAUAUAUGGAAUUCUAUAGGUGUUGUUUAUGUUUCUUAGUUAGGGUUUGGUUUAUGAUUUUGUUGUUUUUAAUUUUAUGUUUAGAAGGUUAACUCGUUGUUAUCCUAGUACAAUUCUCCCAUCUACAAUUCAGUAGUACUGUAGUUAUGCAGAGCUGUGUUUUGUAUCUCACCGUUGUUUGGGUAAUUAUCCUCAUGAAUUGAACAUCACUUUCUUA